GGAUAUCGGGGAUCCUUCGUCGGGCUGCAACUCGGCCGCCGCGCGACAACAAUAGCUUCGACCAGCAUCACUCAGCUUCAAACACCAUCCCGCCCGCAAAUCGGACCCAGCGAUCUAUUCUCGAUCCAUCCUCGAUCCUUCUCGCCAUGGCCGACUCCUCUUCCUCCGCCGGUGCGCCCGCCCACGCCACCAGCCCCCAACUCUCCCUCACCGUCGAGUUCUCUGGAGGCCUCGAGAUGCUCUUCUCUCAUCAGCGCAGCCAUACCCUAACCAUCCCCGCCGCCGACAAGGAUGGCCGGGCUUCCACCAUCGCCUAUCUCAUCGACUAUCUGUGUGACCAUGUCAUGGACGAUAGUCGCAAGGACCUAUUCGUCCUGGACAACCAUCUCCGCCCAGGUAUCCUGGUUCUGAUAAACGACGCCGACUGGGAGCUCGAGGGCGAGGAGGCUUACGAGGUCCAGAGCGGUGACAGUAUCCUGUUUGUCUCAACUCUGCACGGAGGCUAGGCCCUCAUGACGCCGCACCACCACUCGGGUCGGCCAGUUGUCGGCCUCUCCUGAAGAUUCAGGUGCAGUUUUCCUGUUUCCCUUGCAUGAAGCUGUUAAGCGGAUGGGAAAUGAAGAUAAUCUUGGCCAGCUGGACCACACAGUCUUCAGCUAGGCAUGGCUCGUCCGAGGCA